AUGGAGAUUUUCGAUAAUAAUCAGGGACACUUACGUUACAAUUGCCUCGACCACUUUAUGGAAGUGCUGUAUAUUUGCAAACCAUGUCGGCAGCCCAUUUGUCAGUACUGCCAUGUUUAUCAACACAACACGCACGAAGUAAUGUUAGUAUCUGAUGUAAUUGAUAAGAACAAAACGUUUUUAGACAAUUAUGCUCAAUUAGCAGAAACGGAAAUAAAGAACGUUGAUGAGAAUAUUGAAAGAUUGAUGCCCUAUACAGCAAAUGCGAAUCGUGCAUUUGAAGAGAUGCAAGCAUAUUAUUCUCGAGAAAUGGAAAAAUUUGAGAAUGACGAAAUUCAUAAAAGUUUAACAUCACUCCGCAAUGACAGAACCAAACUUAAAAAUAUAUAUAUGGAUUGUAAACUUAAGAGACGCAACAUGAAGUUUUUGGUAGAGAAUGAAGCUAGAGAUAUGGAUAUACAGUUGAUAGGGAAAUUUGAGCGGAAUGUACUUCACGUAAAUUACCAGCAGAUGGAAUCAAACUUGGCGUCUUUUCGAAAUAUUCUACGAAAUUCCAUUAUAAUCACAGGUUUAAAAGAAGAUUUCGCAUCCUUGGUCGACGAGAUCUCCUGCGGUUCUCUGGUGACGUGUUUCGCCAUCUCCGAUCACAAGAUUCAUAUCUGCACCGAGGACAAACUUCUGAUUGUAAAUGUUUUCAGACCCGAUGAAGGUAUCGUAGAAAAAACUUACAAAGGACUGGAAAACCUGGCAGACAUUUUAGUUUAUGGAAAUAAAUUUUACUUUUACCUCUCUAAAGGCGCUACCGAUGUGUUGACCCUGAGAUACCCGGAAUUUAAAAAAGUUGAAAAUAUUUCUUGUUUUUCAUUGAGCGGUGAUACCAUAAUUGCAGCUCGUCAAAUUAAUGUUUUAGAUCUAGAGACUGAAAGUUUGAAAUUAAUUCGUAUUCAAACUUCAACUUUGGAUUUAUAUCAAAAGAAGUUAUAUCAAAAGAGGUUGAGUAAAUCAAACAAAGGUGAAUUUACAUUACACAAUGAUGAGUACAUUUUGAGUGUUGUCAAAUUUCGGAAUGAAAAUUACUUGAUUGCUACUCAAACUGGCUUGGAAAGAUUUUGCAGAAUAAAAUUAUGGGAUAUAUUUAUGACAUGGGAUGCUAUUAAAAAGUUAAAUGGACAGGAUCUGCUAGACUCACAGCAUAAUCAUUCAGCAAGAAUGUAUGCAUACUCCAGAAAUAUGACAUCAACAGCCUUUUUGUCUCUAGAUUCAUAUGACAACAUCUAUGUAAUUAGCAAUCAUAUUGAAGAAAAUAUUCUUGUAAUUGACCCAAAAUUUAACUUUUUAGCUAAUAUAACAACUGAAUUUGUUCCGAAAAAGUUACAAAUAACAAGAGAUAACACGCUGUACGUCAGCUACGUCAAUGAACCUCACAUUUCCAUCUAUAAACUCAACUUCUUUAAAAGGUCCGACAACAUGGAAUCAGAUGUUCAAGUAGACCAAACUGAACAAAAAGAAAAAGAAACAGUUAAAGAUUGA